UUAAAGGCGAAUACCAACGAGAAGAAGAAGUCCGGGCAGCAAGAUGGCGGCCUGGCUGCGAGCUCCGGGACGGUUCCGGUUCCAUUCGACCUCCAUCAAUUCGUUGUCGGUCCGGUCGGCCCGUUCGGCCUCCGGCGGCACUGACAGGCCGCGGAGCGGCUUCGCGGCCGCCGUGGAGCUUCAGGAGGAGCUGCGGCGCAGCGCCCCCAGCGGUCAGAGGGAGGACUUCGCCCAUCUGCUCCGACGGUCCCCGCUGAUCCAGAUCGGUAUGAUCAAGGACAAAGUGGCCGUCGGGAGGAUUUUCCACGUGGUCCACGACGACCUUUACAUCGACUUCGGCGGGAAAUUCCACUGCGUUUGUCGGCGUCCGGCGGGAGAUGAAAGGCUGCAGCGCGGCAGCAGAGUCCGUUUACGGCUACAGGAAGCGGAAGUCAGCAGUCGCUUCCUGGGCGCCAAAACCGACACCACGCUGCUGGAGGCUCAGGCUGUCCUGCUGGGCCCGCCGGACUGACCCGGAACCACUGGGGUCUCCCGCCGGACUGACCCGGAACCACUGGGUCCUGGCCUGGAACCAGACCUGCUCCAUUAUUGAUCAUCGGUUUUUGAUUGCAAAAGUCACAUGACCAAAGGCUUUUCUUGUUGCUGUCAUGACGUCACAUUCAAAGGCCUCAAAGUGAUUAUGUUAUUAGAAUAACCUGUAUCGAUCA